UCUUGUAUUGAUGAUAAAAGCAUUCAUUUUAAAUAAGGAUUGUUUGUAUUAGCUUGAUAUACAGUACAGACAAAAGAAAAAAAAUGAGUUUGCGUUUUCGCUGAGUCUUGUCACCUUUUUAUUUAUAGUAUGAAAGAUGCUAUAAGGUAAUUAAACUACUGAACAUAAUUAUUCUUUAUGAAUUGGCAUUUUUUUUUUCUGUUUAAAAAUAUAUUUCAUUUUAAAAAUUUAUUUUGAGUAAAAGAAUUACGUCCAGGCAAAUUAAAGAUAUAAACUUGUUUCACCUGAAAAGUUCCACCUGCAAUAUGUUUAGCCACUCCAACUCUAAGAUGCCUGUUUCUGUUUAAAGAAUUGUGUGCUGCCAUCUAUAUUUAAUUUUAAAAUGUCACGUGAUUAGUAAAUGUUUUAUGCAGUUUUGUUCGCUUUAAAAUGUCGUACAAAUAGGUAUUGUGUUUGUCGUGUUAAUAUUUUGUGUAUGUUUAUAUUUUGUGUUCGUCAUUAAAUUAUGUCAGUUCUAAGCGGUCGUUAGUUUCAAUUAUUUAGUAACCAUUUUUUGGUGUCAGUUAGCGGGAUAUAUUAGCGAGCAAUGAAAUUUUGAGUUGUCGAAUUGAUGCUUCAGUGUUUAGUUCCAGAACGAGAUUGAUACUAUGUUCUUGAUACUAAUGACGAUAGUUCCAGUGUGAAGGUUAGUGUUAUUUUCUUGAUCUGAUUUAUUGUCAAUGUAUUAAAAUGUCAGAAAUUGAAAAAUUAAAGGCUAAGCGUAAAGUUUUAAGAAAUAAGGUCACCAAAUUAAUUACUAAAAUUGAAACGUACCUCAAUGAGUGUGAUGAUUUGGCUGAUAUAGAUAAAACUAAUGCUUUAAAAGAGUUUCGAGACCAAUUAAUUCACAAAGAAAGCAAGCUUAUAAGUUUAAAUAGCAAGGUUGAAGAUUUGUGCGACAUUAGUGAAAUCGAAAAUGAGGUUUCGAUUUCAGAUGAAUAUAAUGAGAAAAUUGUUCUAUGGAAACAAAAGAUUAUAAAUGUAAUUGAUAAUUUGAGCGCAAAAGAAAAAGGAAAUAUUUCAGUUGAUUUAAGUAUGAGAGAAAGUAGAGAAAAUACACCCCCUUUAGCUAGUUCAAGUAGUAACACGCAGUUAAUAAUAACUGUUAAACUUCCCAAGUUGUAUAUAAAUAAAUAUUAUGGAAACCCCACACAUUGGUUAGAAUUUUUUAAUCAAUUCGAAAGUGCUAUACAUAACAACAACAGUUUAAGCAAAGUAGAUAAAUUUAACUAUUUAAAGUCUUAUGUAGGUGGGAUAGCAGCAAGUUGUAUUAACGGUUUUGCUUUAACGGAUGAAAACUACGAUAUUGCUCUAAAGCUUUUAAAGAAUCGAUUUGGUAAUAAAAACUCGUUAAUCCAAGCACAUCUCAAUCAAUUGUUAAAAUUACCUUUUAUUAGAAAUGUAAAUGAUUUAAUUGGCUUAAGAAAAUUAUUUAAUUGUGCUGAGUCACAAAAAAGAAAUUUAGAGUCGUUAGGAAUAGAUACCGAAACUUAUAGUAAUUUAUUAAGUCCUAUUCUAAUAGAAAGAAUUUCGAGGGAAAUUGUUUUAGAAUUCAAUCGAAAUUAUCCUGAAAAUAAUUGGGUAUUUAAAGAUUUGUUUUCAUUUUUGGAAAAAGAAAUAAGUUCUACAGAGAGGACACUUUCGAUUUAUAAAUCUGAUUCAUGUGAGUAUAACAAUAGUUUUAGUAACGAAAAUAAGAAUUUUCGUAAGAAAUCUGAUUUUAUUAAAAAAAGUAACUUUAAUAGAAAUGCGCAAAAUGUAUAUCAUGCAACAGUCGAUAAAAAAAGUGCAUUUUUUGCGACAGUAGUGAACACGAAGUUUGCGAAUAUCAAAACGUAAUGGAAAGAAAAAAUAAAUUAAAAGAAGAAAAUCGUUGUUUCCGUUGUUUUUCAAAACAUCACAUUUUUGUUGAAAUUGAGGCGUUAGUUACAGAUACAAUUACAGCCGCACCUCUUUCAAUUCCAGAUACGCGAAUACAGAAUGAUUUAAUAGUGAAAGGUUUCGUUUUAGCUGACGCAUGUUCGAAUUUCAAUCAAGGUUUGGAUAUUUUAAUCGGGGCUGAUUUAUUUUGGGAGAUUGUUGAUAAUUCUAAAGUAGAGAAAAUAAAUAAAUCUUUAUAUUGUAUUCCCACUAUAUUCGGUUAUACGGUACAAGGAAUUCAAGAAAAAAAUAAAGAGAACUGUGCUACUUUGACAAAUUUAAGUUCAGUUAUGGAUGUUCAGGUACUAUGGGAUUUAGAAUUGUUAGGCAUUCGAGAGGAAAAUGAGAUAGCUAUUGAGGAUAAACAAAUUCGAAAAUAAUCUUAAGUUUGUUAAUGGCAGGUACAAAACUUCAUUAUUAUGGAAAAGGUCUCCUAAAGAUCUUGCGCACAAUUUUUGGAUAACAAAAAAGAGAUUCGAUAAUUUAAAAACUAAUUUUGAGAAGAAUGACUGGGUUGUGAGGGAAUAUGAACUUACGAUACAAGAGCAACAAAACGAGGGAAUAGUCGAGGAAUGUACUGGAAAUAAUGAGGAAUAUUUUAUGCCUCAUAGAGUAGUUGUGCGAAAUGAUAAGGAUACUACUAAAGUGCGAGUUGUUUUUAACUGUAGCUCACAAACUAAGCAAAAUUUAUCUUUAAAUGAUUAAU